AUGAUAGGACUGGCCUCCAGUACAUCUGCCAGGACUCUGUGGGCUCUGGAUCCAGUCUGUGCAAUUAUAAAGCCAAAAUCUACUUCUGAAGUUAUAGGCCUUGAUAUGGAGCUAAAGAGAGCAAGCAGGUACAAUCUGUGGUUCCUAGAUCCUGCCUGCCUUCUGGUAAAGCUGAAGACUAAUUUCAAAGUAAUAGAAUGGGAUAUGAGUCCCAGGGUGGGGGUGCGCUCUAGGGCAUUGGACAGGCUUAAAGGGGUUAAGCUGGUCGUGAGCAGUGUAAUCCCUAGGGUCCCUAGGAUUACUCUGGCCUCUGAUAAAGCUGCCAGGGCUGUGAACCCUAGUGUAAAGUCCAUGGCUUUGCAAUCUAAACUUAAGGAAGAUGGGAAAUCAACCAGCAAAUGUUUCAGAAUAAAGGACUUGAUUAUUAAUCCCAUGAUGCGUAAAAUAGUGCUUUGUUAUUCCGGUGUAAUAUUUGCAGAAGUGUUCAGCACGUUUGGCAUCUUGUUGGAUAUUCGAAAUUUGGGAAACAAUAUCUUCCUGAACCAGAUUCUCCUAGGAGUGGUAGACACACCCAUCAAAUUACUCACAUAUUUUAUAAUGAGAAAUGUUAGCCGUCGUCCUUCAAUUGCUUUCUCACUCCUUACAGUUGGGAGUUGUACUACCAUCACGAUAUUUCUACCUGAAGAGAUGCAUGUCCUACACCUUAUUUUUUUCCUUUUGGUAAAAGGAUCUUUUGCAACUUUCACCUGCAUAAGCAUUGCCUACACUCAGGAACUCACACCAACAGUACUCAGGUCAAUUGUAACUAGUGUUUAUUACACUGUUUCCUGAAUAGGAACAUUAGUAGCUGCACUAGUACUUGUUACUAGAAAGUAUUUUGUACACCUUCCUAUGAUUCUCUGUGGGAUCAUACCCAUAGUGGCAUCAAUCAACAUCUACUUUCUAUCAGAGACUUUCAAUCUUCCACUUUCUGACACUAUCAAGGAUUAUAUAUAUAGGAACAGAUUGAUGAAUAAAAGCAUUAAUGAAAAAGAAGGGCAAGAUUUCUUGGAAACUACAGGAUGCUAA